UCAUUUGCAAAGUCCAUGAGUGCUGAUGAGGUGAGACAGAUGAAGGGAUUGGCGGUGGGACUGUCGACCUCUGACCUGGCUCACAUGGACCCUCAAGACAUCAGGGAGUCUGUGGAUGUCUUCGCUAGCAAUGCCAACAAAAUGAAGAAGACACAAAAGAGAGAAAUCAUCAAGCAGUUGAAGGAAGCCCCAGGUGGCAUCCAGGAUGCCAUCCAGGACAUGGGUGACAUGGUCAAGGAGCUUCCGCUGAGAGACCUGGACUCACGCACGGCCAAUUUCACCGCCGCAGCCGAUGAGAACUCCACAGGUGGCGCGGCUGGACGCAUGAACUGGACGGAGGGACAGAGCAUGAAGUUGUUCCGAUGUUUCAAGGAUGAAGUUCUUGUCAGCGGUGAAGGUGAGGGAGGGAGUUCAGCUGAUCUACUUACUCCGGCUACAAUCAGGUAUAUGGGCAGUAUGGCCAAAGGGAUGUCCUGCGAUGACGUCGAGGGCUUUGUGGCCGAUGACAUCCUACCGACAGUUGGGGCAAUGAUGGAACAGGAAGGAUGGUCCCCAAGGCUGCUGGAUUGCACUCACCAGAAGAUCAAGGCCUCUCUCUCCGCGGCCCACGACGAUUACUCUGCCGACUUCACCGAGAUUGAGAUCGCUGCGCUGAGGGGACAACUGCUUAAAGAGUUAAGUGUUGAGGAACUCAACUCCAUCCCUUCCAGCCACUGUGAGAUGCUGUAUUCUGAGAUUGGCAACGAGGAUUUGAUAGGACUCAAGAGAGACAAACGGAAGGCGCUGACCUCCAAUGCCCUGCAGUGUCUGGGCGUGGAUGGACAGGCGAACACCAUCGAGCAGGGUACCAUGGAUAUCAUCGGUAACCUGGCCUGCGACCUGGAGGCCGACAUGCUACGACGCCUCUCCUCCGACGUCUUCACUGGUAACCUGUACAGCAUGCAGAAAUGCUGCCUGGAUAUCGACCAGAUGGUGGUCAUCGGGGAAAGACUGGUGCAAGAAAUGGGAUCCCCAAAUCAAUGGAUGUCAGACACCAUAUCUGACAUUGGUCCCCUCCUGGUUUCGCUGUCUGAGCUUGAAAUACAGAACUUGGAGGAAGAUCAGUUUUCCUUGGUUGCAGAGGACGUGAUGGUUCGCUUUGCCGAGUACAAAGAGAUUUGGCGCAGAUAUUGCGACGUUGACCUACGACCUCAAGACGUAUCCAGUCGGGAGGAGGGUUUCAUUACCAUGGCAAUCAAGGCCAAAGAUGCGCUAGUUGCCGCGGCGCAGGCAGAUGUAUCAGGGAGAAAGAGACGAGACUCCACCUACUCGCCAACCUGCAGUGAAAUCGAGUCACUCAGCGAUGGCAACAUCGCAUGGACUGUGGAUGAACUAGGAGCCAUGACAGUCAACACAUUUGACAGUUGUGGAUAUGCACUGGGUGAAGUGACAGGCUUCUCGGAUGCUCAACUAGCAGCGCUUCUAGACAAAGCUAAAGAGGCAUGGGGACAGGCAGCUGACAUGACACCAGACCAGAUCUCCCAGCUGGGCCACAUUGCAUCCAAGUUUACUGCGGCAGAGAUUGGCCAGCUCAACCUGACUGAGACAGAUACUGUCUAUGCUAUUGCCCAAUACAACAUCUACACUUCAGACCAGCUCAGCGCUGGUGUAGGGAGGUUCUCAGAGCUGAGUGGCAUCUCUGUCACCAGCCUAGAUUCCCUGGACCUGACUGCCUUGGCUAACUUCCUCUGUGGUCUGACUGCGGUAGAGAUGGAGGACAUUGCGAGCAUCGCGUACCAGGAGGCAGCUAAUGCCGUUGGUGAGCUAAGAAGCUGUGAUGCAGGCCAGUGGGCAACCCUGAAGACCAAGGCAGUGGAUGGGUACGGAGCCAUCAACACCUGGAUGCCGGAGGUCUUCGCUGAGGUUGGCUCUGUCGUGGCCAGCUUCACGACACAGGAGUUGAGUAGUCUAUCCGAUGCUAGCAUCGCAGGCAUCAAACCACACGCAGUCUCGCUCAUACCUCCACAGACGCUAGCUGCUGGAUGGAGUAGCGUCCAACUCAGCAAGCUAGACCAGCUGCAAGCAGAGGCAGUGACGGAGGAACAGCUUGCCGCCCUCUCCCAGGAGCAACGCUCCGCCCUCCUGGAGGCAGAGUACGGAGACGACAUCAGCCUGGCUGAGAUUGAGGAGACUACGGAGGUAGUUGUGGUAGAGGAGGAUGACGGAGACAAGGGUAAUGGUGCAGGGAACCAAUCAACUAGCCUGGUGCCCACCAUCAUCAUCAUGUGCAAUUUAAUGUACAGAGCCAUCUCUAUAACAUAGAAACUAUAAUGAGGAGAGGACGUCAUUAACGUAAUCAGAAAAUGUUUCUUGAACUGUUAUUAGGUUUCUUAUCAAUACCUUCUGGUUCUUCAAAUUUAAGUUCUUGUUUUUGAAGGGUUUGAAAUGUUCUGAAAUCUAAAUUAUGCAUUGUAGGAUAUUCCAAUCAUUCUCCGACUCUUCAGUGCUGCAACAUAUGUUCUGAAAAGUUUUUUCUUUCGGCAGCCGUAAUGCGAUUUCAACUACUAUUGUAACAGCAUUGCAAAUCACCAUUGCGAAUCUAUUUGCCAUUUUUAACUACUCGUCCGAAGGAAUGCUUUGGUAGCGGUAGCUCGAUUGAUUACACGUUGACUACUGUGCCAGGGAUCCUGGUUCGAAUCCACAGCCGCGCUGCUCAAUUGUUUUUCUUCCAAUAAUUGACUUCACUUUCACAUUUUUUAAUCAUAUUGUUCUUUUAAUUUGAGUAGAAUUAAUUUUCUUCUUUGUGGCUUUGGAGGAUUUUUUUUAAAAGGGAAAUAAAGUCCGAGAACCAUUUGAUUGAAUGAUAGUCUGGUUCCAACAGCAAAAAAAAAAAAGACCAGCUUAUGUUAAAUACUAUAAGGUUCUGUAACGAUAAUUGAAACUUGAGUUACGGCUGCCGUAAUAAGCCACUGCUGUGUUUUUAGCAUUGACACAAAUUUUCCUUAAAGGUGACAAAAUGUCUGUUACAGUGUUUGUGACUGAAUGAUGCUGUUACUUUCUGCAUGAAGCGCCACUUUAUAGAGAGUAAUUAGACACAAAAGUUGAACACUCAAAUGCCUGAAGUCAGCUUAUUCCUUGAUACCUGCCAAAUAAGCCCUUACUUUGUGUUGCUCAGUGUUGUACAAAACUGACAACAUGUUGGUUUACUCUCUCUCUCAUUCUGAAACCUUUUAGGAACACACUUUAAUUAGUAUAAAUUCAUGAAUAUGAAGUUGAAUAA